AAAGAGAUUUAAGUUUUGACUGGGAGCAAAAAUGGGUUAGACCCUUAACCUGCUUUUGCUCCCAAAUAAAAGUAAAUCCACUUUUCCACGCAGCAUUUGUCUAACCCAUUCUUACGCCCAAGAAAAAUCAACUCACUUUUGCUCACACUGUUUGGUCAUCCCGCUUUUGCUCUCAGGUUGAGUCCACAAUAGAUAAAUCGGACGACUAACGUGAACGUAACGUUUACGUUUUGUUAACGUGACAUGCUCGCAACACGUGUUUGACAGGUGUGUAAAUACAUUUGUUUUUUGUGUUUGACAGUUAUUUAACGGAACGUGUAAUAUUUGUAUUUCAUUCAAAAAUGAGUUUGUAUAAUAUUAUUAUUUUGAUAAUUAUGCAGUGGACAAGUGUUUUUCGCCUUUUAUUUAUUUUAAAAAAGCAAAGGAGAUCCUUUCGACGUUGGUGGGUUAAAGCACAUAUUAGAAGUCACAUGAGAAAUGCAUUUGGUGCAUACGAAAAUUUAUUUUUAUAUUUUAUGCGCGAAGAUCACGAAGAAUUUUUUAGUAUGACUCGAAUGACACCUGAUGAUUUUGAAGUGCUUUUCAAUAUUGUUGGUCCACAUCUCAAGAAGGUUAGCAGAAGAGAACCUCUACCACCAAGACUCCGACUAGCACUCAUUUUAAACUAUUUGGCAAAUGGAGACAGUGUAAGAACAACCCAACACUUAUUCAGGGUAGGGCGUUCGACGAUUUACAAAAUGGUGCAUGAAGUAUGUGAAGUCAUUUUUGGUCAAUUAUCUCCAUGGUACUUACGUGAAAGAACUACUCAAGAAUGGCGAAUAAUAUCUGAAAGUUUUCGAGUAAAGUGGAAUUUGCCCCACUGUGUAGGAGCUUUGGAUGGCAAAGAGUUUGCCAUAAAUAAACCACCACACAGUGGAAGUCUUUACUACAACUAUAAAAAAUUCUUCAGUAUUAAGCUAUUAGCAAUUUGCGAUGCUUACUGUCGCUUUACGUGGGUCGAUAUAGGAAAUUAUGGUUCUGUAAGCGAUUUAUCGGCAUGGAGGAAUACUGAUUUUUACAAGGCUCUACUUCAAGAUCUGAUUCCUCUGCCUCCAAAACGUACUUUACCAAGGUCUACAAUUGUAAUGCCAUAUUUUUUCAUAGGAGACGAAAUUUUUACACAGCGUUAUUCUUUUUUGAUGUCUCCCAUUCCCCGCCGCCGUGUUCUCAGUGAUGAACAGAAAUAUUAUAAUUAUAGAUUAUCGAGGGCAAGGCAAACAAUCGAAGCAGCUUUCGGUUUAUUGGUAUCCAUGUGGCAAAUAUUCCAGCAUCCACUAAGAUUCAAGCUAGAGACGUGUAUGAUGGUUGUGUUGGCAACAAUUUGUUUGCAUAAUUUCACAAUAACAAGAAAGUUGGAACGAGAAGAAGAGGUACCUUUGCCGGAAAAUCGAGAAGAACCUGAUGAAGAGGAAGUUGAAAACGAGGAAGUGGAAGAAGUCAACAAUAUCGAUGUACAACAUGAGAUCCCUCAAAAUGUUAGGCAACAAAUUGAUUUUUUUGUUGCUUAUCUGAAUUCCGAUGCUGGCCGCUUGUUCUAAUUUUUUCUAUAUAUUUUAUUGAAAAAGACAGUAAUU